GGCAAUUCUAAUUCAUCCGCCAUUUUUGUUUCUGAGGAGAUGGCAGUAAUUAGUCGGAGCAAGAAAUUUGUCGUCGACCUUCUGAAGCCGGUGCUUCUGCUUCUUCUUGUUCUUGUUCUGUUUAUGGCGGUGCAAUCGGCCGAGUCUCGUCGUCUUCUCCAAACUGGGACGCAAUCACCUCCGCUGCGGCCCACGCUAUCCCCUGGGCCCCCUCCAGUGUAUCGGGCUCGGUCAAGUGUAUCGGCGCCUGGAAGGAAAGGAUGAAAGGACAAUGAGCGAGAGGAAGAGGAUGACGAUGAUGGGAAAUUUUUAAUUUUUAUUUUUUAUAACAAACUGAGCUUUGAAAUUGAUUGAAUAUUGUUAGUUGGAAGCUUGUGCAGAUUGAAGCGCUUCAGUCAGCCGGCCACCAUACUUGUUUGCUUGUAUCUCUUUCCUGUUGCGCGCCUCUCUUGGAGAUUUCUCCCUUUCUUCUUUCCAUAGUUUUGUAUAUUUUGCACCCGCAAAAUUGAAAUGUUUAGCUAAUAAUAAAUUGUAAGAAAAAAAAAACAUAUUCUUGAUUGCCAAGUCAUAAAAUUCCUCCAGCUGAUCAACACUGUGUUUGUCUGCUACUCUGUUCAACGUUAACUAAAGAAAGUGUUAAUUUAAAC